AUGUCGCGAGAAGAAGAAUCCAGACGGGCAGAGUCGGAGCUGAAUAAGCUGCGCAAGUUGCCCGAGAACAAGAAAUGUGCCAACUGCUUCGCGCCCGGGGCUCCUGCAUUGACUGCCGUUGUCGUUCCCUUCAAGAUUUUCGUGUGCAGUACCUGCAAAUCUGCCCACCAGGCCUUCUCACAUCGAUGUAAAAGCACGCAGAUGAGCUUAUGGACCAUGGACGAGGUGCGUGCAUUGGAAGAGAGAAACGGAGGAGGAAACAAGGUGGCACAGGAUACUUUCUUAGCAGGUGUGCGAGAUGAUGACAGGCCUCGAGAGGGAGAUUCUCUCGACAAGUGCAAGGAGUUUGUGAAGAGAGCCUACAUAGACAAGAUCUGGCUGCAAAGUGCCAGAGCGAGGGAGCCUGAGCAUGCGGCGAGAACAAGAUCGACCGUACCAUCACCAUCCCAAUCGCAUGAUCGCGAGAAGCCUAGCAGUGCUAAGGCCACACCCGCGGUGCAAAGUGUAGACCUCCUUUCAGACUUGGAUGGGCCUACCGCACCGAUACCAUCACCACCCCUGCAAGGGAGCCAAGCAUCCUUUCCACAGCCAUGUGGGGGAUUUGACCCAAACGCCAAUGCCACACAAGCUCAGCCAAACAAGACUUCCGGCGCAGACUUGCUGGGAUUUGACCCUUUCACUUUCACGGUGGGGCACAGUGAGCCCUCCGUGGCUACAAGCUCUGCUGUGCCGGCGGCAGAGAUUCCCGCCUCUGCCAGCCAAAUGCCUUUCUCAUCAAAUGCAGGUGGGCAGGGCACAGGCUGCGGCUGUGGCGGCGGGGUCGGUUGCUGUGCUGGCUUUGGCAGCAGCAGCUGUGGCGGCGGCGGCGGCGGCAGUGUAGGCUUUGGCGGCUGUAUGGGGGGCUGUUGCGGCGGCUGUGGCUGCUGCGGGGGUGGAGGGCCGGGACCAGGAUUGACCAAUCUGCCUGGCAGCAUGAUGCAUGCUGGGAUGCCGACUGGGCCUCAGCAAGGCUUCGGGAACUCCAGUGGCUGUGGGGCUUGUGGAAGCGGUCUUGCUGGCUGCGGCAAUGGAUGUGGUGCCCUUGGUUGUGCGGGCUGUUCUGGUUGCGCCUGCUUUUCUGGCCCCGGCUGUGGUUGCAACGGUGUCUCUGCCUGUUGUGGGCACGCCGGCUACACGUCUGGGCCUUGCCCACCCUGUGGGAGCUUCGGCGCAGGCUGCCCCCAAGCUAGUGGGCUGCUACCAUCCAACUGUGGAUGCGGUGGUUGCCACGUUCAAAACUACAACGGCUACAAUGGAUGCAUGUCUCAGACCCCGGGAGCCUGCUGCGGCUGCGGUGGCUGUGGCUGUGCUGGCUGUGGUGGCUUCAACCCGAACGUGCCAAACGCAGGAGCCGUUGUGCAAGGAUGCAAUGGGAUGAACGGGUGUCCCGGCACAAAGCCACAGCCCACCCUGUCCGACCUCAAGGACAAUUUGCAGAGGCUGUACGCGGCAUGA